GGCUGAGUGUCAAAGCAAAUUUCGAAAUUCAAGUGAAUCGUUUGUCGACUGCUAAUUGAAAAUGGAUUUGGCUGGCAAAAAUGUGGUUUACCUCGGUAGCUUUGGUGGAAUUGGCCAAAAGGCGUGCGCCGAGCUGCUCGGACGUAAGAUAAAAGCGUUGGCUGUCUUUGACUUGACGCUUAAUGAGCAACUCUUGACGACUUGGCAAACCCAAUACCCAAAUACUGAGAUCUUCUACCAGAAAUUGGACAUAACCCAAAAGUCGGAGAUUGAGGCGGCAUAUAAAGCAGCUGGUGCGCGAUUGGGACACUUUGAUCUGGUCGUCAAUGGAAUAGGCCUGAUAAACGAUCAGCUUGUGGAGCUGACCAUACAAAUCAAUUUGCUAGGCGUUAUCCAGAGCUGCCUGAUAGCGUUGCAGUACAUGGACAAGGCCCAGGGUGGUAAGGGUGGCCUCAUCGUAAACUUCUCAUCCAUAGCUGGCAUCGAGCCAGCUUCAACCGUGGCCAUCUACUCGGCGGCCAAGCAUGGUGUCACCGCAUUUACACGUGGAUUAUCGAAUCCUGGUUACUAUGAGAACACUGGCGUUGGCUUUAUAACCAUCUGUCCCGGCUUCACGGAUACGCCACUGUUGGAUGGUUUGACUGAGAAGAGCACCUUGAAAUAUGACAUUCCAGUGAAGCGUCUAAUGAAUCUGGUGAAGCGUCAGACCGCCCAGGAAUGUGCCACAAAUCUAGUCAAGGUCAUUGAGCAGGGCCAAAACGGUUCCGUUUGGUUGUUAGAUCUGGGCGAGAUGACACAGAUCGAGAUGCCCGUCAUGUGGAAGCCGGUGCUAACCAAACCUGUGUAAUUGCUUCUAUAUGCAAUCAUUUGUUAAAUAUGUUAAUUUUAUUCAAAUAAAGUUAUGGAAUUGUUGGAAUGGAA